GCAAAGAUGUGGCAGAAAACAUCAGGGUUCUGGUGACAUUUGCAGACGGUCAGCGACCUCCAGUUCUGGAGGCGAUCAAUGCUGCAGGAGUCCCAUGUCCUAAAACAACAGACGGGCUGCCGGUUCACUUCAAAUUCAAUAACUCAGCGCUGUUUGCAAAUAACAAAUCAGCUGUAGCAGAAAGCAUGAGUGAUGACGAUGAAGAAGAAGGUGGUUUUGAUAAGAUGUUUUGGGAGAUGGGGACAAAAAGCAUGAAGAGGUUUUUUGCUGCUCUGAAUAAAAUAGAAACUAAAAGCUUGACACUGACAAAGGAAGUCCUCAGAGAAAGAAAGCAGCUCGAGAUUUCAGUUGAGAAUCUGCAGUUGCAGGUGAAACUUGGGUUAGCCAAGCUUGAGGAGAUAAAAGAGACGAGUGAAAAACUUAAAGAAUAUGAAGCAGAGAUGAGCAGAAAUGAGAACUUUGAGUUUGAAGUUACUGUCAAAAAGCCUUUUCAGGAGGACAUUUCUGGCUCUGGAAACUACAUCACCAACUGUCAGCAGUGUCAUGUCACCUGUCACUAUCCCUGUACCAUAGCAAAUCCUGAGGGUUUAAGAAACUGUCCAGCAAUGGGAUCAAAUGGAUACUGUACAGUAUGUCCAGGCAAAUGUUACUGGAAUGUGCACUUUAAUCAGAAGUAUAAAUGGAGCUAUAAAGACAUUAAAGAGAAAAGAACAAUAAAAGAGCUGAAAGAAAAGUAUGAUAGAGCCAGAGGAGAGAAGAUGACUGUUCAGGGACUGGCUGACAAACUGAAGGCUGAGUACGACUGUUUGCAGGCUGAAGUGAUGAAACUGACGGAGAGAUCUGCCAAGUGUCUGAACAGACUCAAAGAGACAUCACUGGAGCCAAACCCUCUGUCCACUCUAGAGUACAUCGACAUGCUUAUUGAAGAAGAGAAAUCUGAGGGCAAAGAAGGCUGGAAGCAACGAGUUGAGUCUCUGAUGGAGAUGAAAAAAAAAACAGAGCUCAUGGCUAAAAUAGAGCAAGGAGAGAAACUCCUUCACUGAACAUUCAUGUGAUCACAAAGAAGAACAAAGAAAAGGUCGAGACCAGUUUGAACUGAGAUG